CAGACCAAAUUAAAUUAAAUAAAAGAAAAGACUCGAAGUCAUAUUUGUGUUGGUGUUUAACUUCAGGGGAAUACGUUAUAGCCCUACAAAAUCAGAAGUGGGCCGAUCACGAGCCAAUUAAUUACAAACCAAAGCUAUCAACAACCGGAACGAAAAAGGAAUUGAUCUUACGGUUAAAUAAAGUACCAAAGGAAGUUCGUGGAAAAGUUGAUGAAAUGGCGAAACAAAAAGGAGAUGAAGACGACGAAAUUUUCGAAGACGGCGGCGGAAUUUUCCAGAAAGAAGGCGGCGGCAAAGGUAAUGGCAAAGACGGAGACAAAAGUAAUGGCAAAGACGGCGGCAUUCAGAGCUACGACGAAGAAGACGGCGAAAAAAGUAAAGGCGAAGACGGCGGCAUUGGGAAUUACAGCGAAGAAGACGGCGAAACUAACGGCGAAGAUGGUGAAGCGAGUGACGAAGUGGCUGGCAGCAUUCUCAGAAUUAGAGGCAAACGGAGCAACGAAAAAGGCGGCGAACAAAACGAAGACGGUGGAAGGAACGACAAUUACGCAGAAGCCGACAUGCACAACCAGGCUGGAGACCAGUCUAGAAACGCAAGAAGCAGCGAACGUAAAGCGGUGGCGGAAAAUUUUAACGAGAGCAUCGACGUCUCGUUGGGCAUGGCAGCACAGGUGUUGAGUGAGUUUUCUGGCGAGUCGUGUGCCCGCAAAUGGACUACUCAAUUUCAAAAUAUCUCGACCAUUUACGGAAUAAAAGAAAAAUUUGUAAAGAUGCUAAUGUUGAGCAAAAUAAAGGGAAAAGCUUAUGAGUGGCUGCACGCAGAUGCAGACCGCGUGUUGCUACCGUUGGAUGACCUAAUGGCAGAGCUGAUCUCAACGUUUAGGGGAAAAUCAUCGAAGAUGGAGAUACGACGCAAAUUCGAAGGGCGCAAAUGGAAAAAUAGCGAAAGUUUCGGGAGUUAUGUCGACGAUAAGAUAAUGCUUGCUCAGGGCAUUAAUAUUGAUGCAGAUGAAAUGUUGAGCUGCAUCAUCGAAGGUAUCCCCAAUCAAGGGCUACGCAAUCAGGCGCAUAUUCAAUGCUUUGUGGAUGUUGGGCACAUAAAGAGGGCGUUUGCGGAUGUAAACUUGCCAAAGCUAUAUGGAGUUGGCAGGACGAAAAAUACUAUGUUAUGUUUUGAAAAAUUUAAAUAA